UGUGUGUUUCUAACGAGGAGCGUGACCAUGGCCACGGGGGGGACAGCCAGCCCGCCCAGCGUCCCUCGUCACACCAACCGCCUGAUUAACGAGAAGUCUCCCUACCUCCUGCAGCAUGCUCACAACCCCGUGGACUGGUACCCUUGGGGUCAGGAAGCUUUUGAUAAAGCAGAGAAAGAAAACAAGCUGAUAUUCCUGUCAGUUGGCUACUCUACCUGCCACUGGUGCCAUGUGAUGGAGGAGGAGUCCUUCAAGAACAAGGAGAUCGGAGAGAUUAUGAACAAGAACUUUGUGUGCAUCAAAGUGGAUCGUGAGGAGCGGCCAGAUGUGGACAAAGUGUACAUGACCUUUGUGCAGGCAACCAGCGGUGGAGGUGGUUGGCCGAUGAGCGUCUGGCUGACUCCAGACCUAAAGCCCUUUGUAGGGGGAACAUACUUCCCUCCUGAAGAUGGAGUUCAUCGCGUUGGCUUUCGGACUGUGCUGCUCCGNNCUGCAUCUUAGUGGAAAGAGAACAAAGAUGCCCUGUUGGAGAACAGCCAGAAGAUCCUGGAAGCUUUGCUACACGGGUCUGAGAUCCGUGUGCGGGGCCAGAAGUCACCCCCACCAUCCAAAGAAGUGAUGACCACCUGUUUCCAGCAGCUCUCCAACUCCUAUGAUGAGGACUACGGCGGCUUUUCUGAAUCCCCCAAGUUCCCCACCCCAGUGAAUUUGAAUUUCCUCUUCACUUACUGGGCCCUGCAUCGAACAACUCCAGAAGGUGCGCGGGCACUGCAGAUGGCUUUGCAUACCCUCAAGAUGAUGGCCCAUGGGGGCAUCCAUGACCACAUUGGUCAGGGAUUUCACCGCUACUCCACUGACCAGCACUGGCACGUCCCUCACUUUGAGAAGAUGCUGUAUGACCAAGGGCAGCUGGCAGCCACGUAUAGCAGAGCGUUUCAGAUCUCUGGUGACAAAUUCUUUGCUGAUGUCGCCCAAGACAUUCUGCUCUAUGUCUCACGGGACCUGAGUGACCAGGCAGGAGGUUUCUACAGCGCAGAAGAUGCUGAUUCCUACCCGACCACCGUGUCUGGAGAGAAGCGGGAAGGAGCUUUCUGUGUGUGGGCAGCUGAGGAAAUCCGGGCUCUCCUUCCUGACCCUGUCGAGGGGGCCACAGAGGGGACAACCCUAGGAGAUGUCUUCAUGCACCACUAUGGAGUGAAGGAGACCGGCAACGUGAGCCCGAUGAAGGACCCCCAU